AUGGCAGCAACAAAAACAAUAGUACUUAUUACUGGUGCAAACAGCGGCAUCGGUUUCGAACUUGCCGCCCAGCUAACGGCCAAAGGCUCCUACCAUGUCCUCAUGGGAGUCCGUUCCAUACAAAAGGGCCAUGCAGCUCUUGCCCGGCUACAAUCCUGCAAUCUACCAGGCACCCCGGAGCUGCUCCAUCUUGACGUCACCGACGAUGAGACUAUCCAGCGCGCCGUGGAGACGGUUGAACAAAACCAUGGGAGAGUCGACAUCCUCAUCAACAACGCCGCCAUAGUAGCUAGCGCUCCAACCCUUCGCCAAGGGCUGCAAGAGGAAUUCAAUACCAACGCAACCGGCCCGGCAGUCGUGACGGAGUCCUUUAUCCCACUAUUACAGAAGUCCACCGGCUCCUCGCGAAUCAUCAACAUCUCCAGCGGCGCGGGCUCGAUUGCCCGUCGUUUGGAUCCGACCUCGGUAUUGUACAAGGUGCCAGGCCUGCAGUAUCGCGUGAGCAAGGCAGCGCUGCAUAUGAUAACUGCGUGUCAGUGGGUAGAGUACGGCCCUGCUGUCAAGGUCUUUGCGUAUGACCCUGGCUUCACACAGUCGAAUCUUAGUGAGAGAAACACGGCGGAGAAUGGAGCUAAGCCGGCUGCUGAGGCGGUGCGGCCGUUGAUUGAUGUGCUGGAGGGGAAGCGGGAUGAGGAAGUUGGUCAGUUGUUGCAUAACACGGGUGUUUAUCCUUGGUAA